AAACUUGGCUCGUGCAGGAUGUGCCCAGUUCAUUGCGUGACAGCUGCGCGCUAACAUCUGCAUGAUCCACUGCGGAAUGAGAGAAAUGCGCGUGUUAACUGUCGUACUCGCCGUUAUAUGUGUGCUGAAGGAGGCUGAAGCUUGGGGUUACAAGAAUGGAAUACUGCACAACUCUAUCUGGCUGGAGCAAGCAGCCGGAGUUUACCACCGCGAAUCUCGCAAAGGAAGAUAUCAGCUGACGUACAAGGAAGCCAUGGCUGUGUGCAAAUUUGAGGGGGGGACUCUUGCGACAUAUGAUCAACUGGAGGCUGCUCGCCAAAUUGGGUUCCAUGUGUGUGCAGCUGGAUGGUUUGACAAAGGACGUGUGGGCUAUCCGAUUGUGAAAGCUGGUGCCAACUGUGGUUUCGGAAAGGUUGGAAUAAUUGAUUAUGGAUAUCGGCUCAAUAAAAGUGAGAAGUGGGAUGUCUACUGCUAUAACCCCGGGGCAAAGGAGUGUGGAGGCGUUCACACAGAUCAGGAGAAGGUUUUCAGUUCUCCUGGAUAUCCAGAAGACUACCAGGAUAAGCAGAUUUGCUACUGGCACAUUCGUGUGCGUUACGGCCAAAGAAUCCGCCUGCACUUCCUAGACUUUGACAUUGAGGAAGACACAGAUUGCCUCAGUGAUUCCCUGGAGAUCUAUGACAGCUAUGAUGAUGUAUUAGGCUUUGUUGGAAGAUACUGUGGGGAUGAACUUCCAGAGGACUUCAUAAGUACAGGAAAUGUCAUGACUCUGAAGUUCCUUUCUGAUUCCUCGGUGACGGGUGGAGGUUUUCAGCUGCAGUACAUCGCUGUCAACUCCUCUCAGCUCUUUGACAAUCACACUGAUGCCUUGUCUUGACCAAUAUUUAAAGCACCAAACCCACUUCUUUAAUACACCCAAACCCACAACUGUGUCAUUUUUUUAAUGUUUUUAUUUCUUUACCAAGGGUGCAAUGAUAAAGCUAUUAAUAAUCACUAUUGUAAGUGCAUAGGCCUGUGAACAUUUAAAAAAUGAACACUCAUAAAACAAAGUUCAUUUAAUGCAUUGACGUGUUUUAUUGUUUUAUUGUAACCACAAGAAAUAAGCUGAGAUCUUUUUUUAAUAGAUCUUAACCCCUGGGAUCUAAAAGUGCUUGAAAUUGUAGAAACACAAGUAUACUCUGUCUUACAAAAGUUGUUUGCAUUCUUAAAAAUUUAGAACUCAUAUGAAACAUAACAUGAUACUAAUACUAACCAAAAAAAAAAAAAGAAAAAGAAAAAAGGCAGCAUUAAUGAAUGGAAAGUUUUUGCCUGCAAUGAAAAAA